CUUUCUUUGCCCCUUUCCUGGAGGUGUUUGAGGCCAGGUUGGAUGGGGCCCCGGGCAGCCUGAUUGAGUGCCCAGCUGAGCAGCUGGCAACACUGCCCACAGCACAGGGCUGGAGCUGGGCAAUCUUUGAGUCCCUUCCAGCCAAGCCAUCCCAUGAUUCCCUGGAGGCAAAGAUGAUCCGAGAGCUGGAGCACUUCUCUGAAGAAAAGCUGAGAAAGUUGGGGUUAUUUAGCCAGGAGAAGACUCUGAGGAGAUCUUACGGUCACCUUCCAGAAUUUAAAGGAUGCCUACAGGAUAGAAGGGGAGAGAUUCUAUCGGGGUGUGUAGUGACAAGACAAGGGGUAACUUUUAAACAAAAGAUGUUGGGUUUAAGGGAGAAAUUCUUCACUCAGAAGGUGGUGAGGCUGAGGACAGGCUGAAGGACAGAGAAGCUGUGGAUGCCCCAUCCCUGGAAGCAUUCACAGCCAGGCUGGUUGGACUGCCUGCUGUAGCAGAGGCUGUGGUUCUCUUUGGCUUUUGCCAAAGAGAUAAUUAGCGUGCUCUCUAAGCUCGGGGGCCCUGCAGACAGAGCGGCCCUCACACCGCCCCGCACAGACCCUGCUGCCAUUGGGGCAGCUCCGGGCGCAGCUGGGCCGCCUCCCGCGGGGCUCCGCGCCGGGCGGGGCCGAUGCAGGUGUGCGCAGCAAGAGCCGCGCGUGUUCCGCGAGGCCGCGCCCGUGCCACCGGCAGGUGAGCGGGCAAGCAGGAGGGCGGGCGUCGGCCGCGGCUCGGCUCCUCGGUGCGGCGAGCGGAAGGAAAUGCCGCUAUGAGGCUGCUCCUGCUCGCGUGCCUCCGAGCGCAGACCGGUAACGCGACUACGGCGGCCAGGAUACAGAGUCAUCUGCAUGAUGCAGGUCACAUCUGCGUUCUCAAAGAUGCUUCCAGGUGUGAAAGUCUGACUGAAAUAGCAAAUCUAACCUCUGCGGAUCAAUUUGAUGCAGCCCUGGCCAUUCAUCUUUAUAAAGGAGGCAGACAUCUGCAAGGUAGUAGAAUUCCUUUUGGAAUCAUCUUUGGAGGGACAGAUAUAAAUGAAGAUAUCAGAAGUGAAGAGAAACGUCGGGUAAUGGGAGCAGUGCUAGCAGAAGCCAGGUUUGCGGUGGCUUUCACAACGAAAAUGAAGGAACUGGCAGCAGCAGAGUGGCCAGAUGCUAGGAAGAAAAUAUAUGUCCAAUAUCAAGGAAUCAAGACUACUCCCACUGAAACAUUUGACUGGUAUAGAUUUCUACAAAAUGCAGGUAUUCCUACAGAUACAGAUGAUUUACGUGUCUUUCUCUUGAUAUGUGGACUUAGAAGAGUCAAAGAUCCUCUGUAUUUAGUAGAUGUAUUCUCAGAUUGGCACAGAAAGGAGCCCAAUGUUCAUCUGGGCAUCAUCGGGCCUGCAGUCGAUCCGCUUUUUACAAGUGAAGUUAAGGAGAAAAUCAAAAGGGCACCUGGAGUACAUUUAUUGCAGGAGAUGCCACAGGAUGAUCUUCAUGCUGCUAUGAGAAGGUGCUUUGCUGUGGUGAACAGCUCCAUUUCAGAGGGGAUGUCUGCUGCAAUUCUGGAGGCAAUGGACUUAAAUAUUCCAGUGCUUGCAAGGAACAUUCCUGGAAAUGCAGCAAUAAUAAAACAUAAAGAUACAGGACUGCUAUUUUCAGAUCCCCAGGAGUUUGUUGUGCUGUCCAAGAGUUUGAUGAAUGACCCCAUUAUGGAAAGAGAAAUUGUAACAGGGGCCAAAGACUAUGUGAAGAAACAUCAUUCAUGGGAGUGUGAAAGAAAAGCCUAUCAGAAUCUUGUCCUAAGUCUGCAGUGAACUGCCAGACCCAGCAGUCUGCGUAGAGCACUUUAACGAUGGAAAUGUAAUUAGAUUUGGGUUUCUCUGGGUUUCCUUUUUGGAAGAGAUAGACAUGCAUCAUUAUUAUUCAAAUGCACCAACAUCACAGGAGUUGCCUGCUACUUCUAACUAUCAAAUUUAUCUAAUUCAGCACACUGUCUCUAGUGUACCAAUUCAUCACAGACCAGUAUCAUUUUGUAAGAUCACAUAGGAGAAAUAUACUCCUUGAGCAGACACAUUUUUUGUGUUAAGUUUUCAGAAGGAGGAUGAUUUCUUGUACACAGUGCAGCACUUCACCACAAAGAGCUUAUCAGGUGUUGUGAUCAUGCUGCAUCCUAACGAAAUGCAGUACAGAAUCCUAGAAGCACAGAAUGCUUGGGUUGCAAGAGACCUUAAAGACCAUCCCGUUCCAACCCCCUGCUGUGGGCAGGGUUGCCACUGACCAGAUGAGGCUUCCAGGGCCCCAUCCAACCCAUCCAACCUGGCCUUGGACACUUCCAGGGAUGGGACAUCUCCAGCUUCUCUGGUCAGCCUGUACCAGUUCCUCACCAAUCUCCACAUAAAAAGUUUCCACCUAAUACCUCAUCUAAAUCUCCCAUCUUUUAGUUUAAAGCCAUUCCCACAGUAGCAGUAUUUCUUUCCAGUUUUACCAACCUGAAUAUGUUUGGCUACAUGUGACGUGCACAUUUAAGUACAUAAAGCCAUGACUAGUUAAAUAUACAGACUGCAAAAUUAUUAAGAUGAAAGCUUUCUUCAGACUAAAAGACAGACAGAUCUAUUAAUAUAGAUAUUGAUAUAUAUAUUGGUAAAUGAAGUGUCGAUGCUUAGGGAAAAUAAAAAAUACAGGAAAUGCUUUUUACUGCCCUGUAGGUACCUGAAUUCCUUUCAGCUAAGUUGGUAUGGCUGAACAGUCACAUGUCUGCACUUUCUCUUGAGUCCUGAUUGUAAUGUUGUAGGUUGGCACAGUACCUGACAGCCGUACAUGGCUUCUUGUUCCAGAAUUGCAUGGUACUGCCCUCUGCAGCAAGAUGUCCUUGCAAGCAGAGAUGCUUUGUUACAUAAACUACCUCUUAAUUUGCCAGUUACUUUGGUACCUUGGUGAUUUAUCUAUUUGCUAAAAGAUUUAUGAGAGCUAUAAAAAGGAAUGAAGGGGGGGAAAAAAAAGGGUAUUUUUCAAUUUACUGUGUAUUUUGGAACUGUUCAUUCUCAUUUGUGGUUCUCAGGAUAUAUUUUAACAUACUGCAGCAGGCUAUUUUAAAGGGAGACUUAUCUAUACUUGAAGUUCAUGCUAAUCAUCUUCACUAGCAGCGAUUAUGGACAUAGCUUUGAUUCCAUACUUGGUCAUCAAAGAAUUUGUAUUUAUAGAAGAAAGAGUGUCAUACUUUUAAUUCUUACUGGAAAACUCUAUGCUUUGUAUAGAUUUGACCCUGUCCCCAUGACUUGUGAGUUUUCUAUUGAUUUGAAUGGCUAUUGUGUCUGACUUUUCUUUGUAAUAAUGGAGUUCAGUCUGCCUUUUGAGCUUUCCUCUGUAUUUUGGAUGUUUUGCAACCAUUGGAACAGUAAACACGAAAGGAAUUUGAA